UCUUUCCAUAAGAGUGCCUAAACUUGUUUGACUAGUGAGGGGGCAGCUCUAAAAAUACCAUUUUGAGCAGGCUGAUCACAUAUCCUAUUUUAGCUGAGUUAGUGCUGAAGAAUUCUCUGCCACCACUGCUGCUGUUUGCUGCUGCUGUUUGAUCAAGCUUUUGGGGUAGCGUCAAGGGAAUUUUAUUGCUUUUCAAAGGCUUGUGGCUCAGUUUGACUGCUCCCUUUGGGAUUUCUGGAUGGAUAGGAGAGUCUGAUAUGGCAGAAGAUACAGAUGGAAAGAAUGUAGGAAACAAAAAUGGGAAGAAAGGAGGAGGACUCUCUGGAAAGUCAUUUUUUACCUGGUUUAUUGUGAUUGCAUUGUUGGGAGCCUGGACUUCAGUAGCAUUGGUUUGGUUUGAUGUGGUAGAUUAUGAAGAAGUGCUUGCCCGAGCAAAGGACAUUCGUUAUAACAUAUCAGAAGUAUUACAAGGUAAAUUGGGCAUCUAUGAUGCCGAUGGGGAUGGUGACUUUGAUGUGGAAGAUGCAAAAGUAUUACUAGGAUUAAAAGAUAGAUCCAGCCAUGAUCAUCAUUCGGAUACCAGUGAGUCUGAAGAGAAGAGCCAUUAUACUGCUCAAGACUAUGAGGAGGAAACUGAAGUUGAGAAAGAAAUCCAUUCACACAAAGUGGAAGCUGAUUUACAUGUUUUACCUGAUAUUCAUGAGCAUGAACAUGAAGAGGACCACGAGCACGACUAUGGCCAUGAUCAAGACCACGGACACCACCGCCAUGAGCAUGGGCACCACCACGAGCACGACCAUGGGCACCACCACCACGGGCACCACCACCACGAGCACGACCAUGAUCAUGACCAUUACCAUGGGCAUGAGCACGAACAUGAGUAUGAUGAGGACCACAUCUACGAUGAACCUAAUGCUGAGGGCAACGUCCACAAUGAGCCUGAUGCUGAGGACGAGACUGAGAGCCAUGACCACAAUGAGCCUGAUGCAGAGGACGAGACUGAGAGCCAUGACCACAGUGAGCCUCAUGCAGAGGAUGAGACUGUGGGCCAUGACCAUAAUAUGCCUGAGGCCGAGGAUGACAGUGAGGGCCACGACCAAACCGUGGAUGAGAAUGAAAAUGAAUAUACCCAGAUAACAGAACAAAACCCAGAAGCUCCCAUUGAGCAAGAGGUACAGGAAUCUGAAGAUGAAAUACCAGCUGAAGAAUUUGUGACUGAAGAGGUUGAUGCAGAGUUUCAGGAAGAAGAAUCUGAUUUGCCUGGUUCAGAAAAUGAACUUAACAUUCCACCUGAAGAGGACGAAGAAACAUUUCAGCAUGAAGAUGUGGAAAAUAUAGAAUUUGAAACUGAGAUACUAGAUGAAGAGGCAAAACACGUAGUUGCAGAUGAGCCAGUAGUAGAUGAGGAAAACAAUGAAGUUAUUGGAGACCAGACAGAAAACCUGGAGACAGCUAAUUACAAUGAGGAGAAUCCAAAAGAGUCGCUAGAAGUCUCACAGUCAACAGGUACAGAAGCAUCCCCUGAUGAAACUGAAGAAGUGCCUGCCGAAAGCCAUGAAUCUGAUCCUGAAAAAAACAUUGAAUCUGGUAAAACUGAAAAUGAAAUGGAGAAGUUGCAAAAAGAGAAAGCAAAAAAGAAGAAACCCAAACUGCUGAAUAAAUUUGACAAAACUAUUAAAGCUGAGAUAGAUGAAGCAGAAAAGCUCAGAAAGAAGGGACGAAUAGAAGAUGCAGUGCGAGCAUUUGAAGAUCUUGUCAUCAGGUACCCUCACAGUCCUAGAGCGAGAUAUGGUAAAGCUCAGGCACAAGAUGACUUGGCUGAAAAGCUAAGGAGCAAUGAGGCUCUUAAAACUGCCAUUAAUACCUAUGGUGAGGUUGCAGAACUUCCAAAUGCACCAUCUGACCUUGUAAAAUUGACACUUAAAAGGAAAGCUGAGAGACAGCAGUUCUUGGGACGUCUUCGAGGAGCACUAGUUACACUUGAAAAAUUAGUACAACUUUUCCCUGAUGAUGUGUCUCUCAAGAAUGAUCUUGGAGUUGGCUUUCUUCUUUUGGGAGACAAUAAGAGUGCCAAAAAAGCAUAUGAAGAGGUUCUUGCUGUUUCACCAGAUGAUGGAUUUGCAAAGGUUCAUUACGGGUUUAUCCUUAAAGCAGAAAAUCUUAUUGCUGAAAGUAUCCCUUAUUUAAAGGAAGGGCUGGAGUCUGGUCAUCCUGGCACUGAUGAUGGGCGCUUUUACUUUCACUUAGGUGACGCUUUGCAAAGAGUUGGAGACAAAGAAGCCUACAAAUGGUAUGAAAUUGGACACAAAAGAGGACAUUUUGCAUCUGUGUGGCAGCGAUCCCUCUACAAUGUAAAUGGUCUCAAAGCUCAGCCUUGGUGGACUGCUAAAGAUACAGGCUACACAGAUCUUGUGAAGGCUCUGGAGAGAAACUGGAGGAUGAUUCGAGAUGAAGCUCUUGCGGUAAUGGACUCAGAAAGUGGCAUGUUUUUACCUGAGGAUGAAAACCUCAGAGAGAAAGGUGAAUGGGGCCAGUUCACACUAUGGCAACAAGGAAAACAGUCUGCAAAUUCCUGUCAACGAGUUCCAAAAACUUGUACUUUGAUGGAGAGAUUUCCAGAGGCCACAGGUUGCAAAAGAGGACAGAUCAAGUACUCUGUCAUGCACCCUGGAACACAUGUGUGGCCACAUACUGGUCCCACUAACUGCCGGCUGAGAAUGCAUCUGGGCCUCGUCAUUCCAAAGGAAGGCUGUCGUAUACGAUGUGCCAAUGAUACCAGAUUUUGGGAGGAAGGAAAAGUGCUCAUAUUUGAUGAUUCAUUUGAGCACGAAGUUUGGCAGAAUGCCGACAGCUACAGACUAAUCUUCAUUGUCGAUGUUUGGCAUCCAGAGCUAACUCCUCAUCAAAGAAGAUCUCUGUCUCCUAUAUAAAGACUGAAAUCUGCCCAUCUAGGAAAAAGACACAAAGCUGAGGAUUUAAAAAUAUGUAUACUUUGUACAGUAAGCACACUGUUAAUUAGUUUAACUUUAUUUGCAUUAAUGUUGACAUUAACAUGCAAGAUUCCAAAAAUCUGCAAGAUUUUUUUUUAUUUCAUGCAAGGGUCAUUGAGCCUUGAUCUCAACAGCUGCUGUGAUUUGCUGAUUCCGUUUUGUUUUCUUUAUGGCCGCAAAGGUAAAUUUACCAGCAAGACUGUUUACACAGCUUGGGAAAUCAGAGCGCCAGCUCAAAAGGAAUGAAGAUUAAAUAACUUGGCAUCUGGCUGUCCUUGGAGAUAAUGCCUGUUAUAUGAAGGCUAAGUGUGUAUAAAGAGAAAAAAAAGAAAUGUUCUUUAAAAGUCUCUGUGUGAAUAUAAAAUCUGUUGGAGCCAAUGUCUUGUGAGACAUGCAUUGUAUAUUACAAGACGAGAUGUAAAAACUUGGCUGUUUAAUUGGUACCAAAUUACAAAGACAUCCUACUGUCAGGCAUACUAGUAGAGAAUACUCUGGAGACUUAAGCAAAUGCACUGAUUGUCCAAAUUCCACAUGAAAUCCAUAACAUCUGUAUCAGAGUAUAACAGAAUGUCUCUCAGUUUUUGUCGUGCCAUUUGUUUGAAUAGUGCAGUGUUGCAUUUAUGCAGUAAUCACUUACAACUCAUGCUUUUCUGCCAGUAUGACUCCAAGCAGUCAUGUAGAAUAUAGUCUCAGUUUACUAUAAUUUGUGCCUUUUGACCUGUGUAGUACUUGAUAUCUAAAGACUAGGGGAAAAAAUGAGAUUUUAUUUUUAAUGCAGAGCCAAGUGAUAUAAAGUUUAUGAGCUAAGUGGUUAAAUUAGUAUGACUGAAUGAUUUAUAUUUUUAUAAUUAUGUCAUAUUUUCCAAAAUUAACUUCCCUUUCAUGACUUGCAGUUUUCUCUCUAUAAUAUUACCUACAUUUUUCACUGCUUAUAUGAAAAACCCUCACUUUUCUCAUGUCUGUGUGGAGUUUUUCUCCAGGCAUUUCAGCUUUCCUUUCACAUCUAAAGAUCUAUAUUGGUGAAUCUGUAUUGGCGUGAAGUGUGGGAGUGUGUGUUAGUGUGCCAUGUGCUGGAAUGAUGCCCAAGAUUAAGUUCUGCAGCUGGGAUAAGCUUCUGCCCCUACAAUCCUAAAGUUGGAUUAGACCGACUCGAUAAUUAAAUUGAUGGUUAUUAUUAUUUUUUUGUAUAAAUAUCACAUUUUUAUUUUAACCAUUCACAAAUGUUCACCACUGAUUUCUGCAUAGUACUUUAUUCAUUACAUACUUUCAGUAAUGUCAUGUUUUAAAAGUGAAAGGGAGUUCAUUUACUUGUGCUUGCCAUUAUUUGAGUAAAUUAAUUUGCUAAGGAAAGUCACAAUUUUUCUAGAAUGUUAAUCUGAAUGCUCUAUGGAUGCUUCAUUUUUGUGCCUGCCUGAAUGUCUUCACGCCUUUACACUUAGGUAUUAAUGCACUGAAUAUACAUUUUGCACAGAUUUGUAAUGAAUUUACAGUAUGAUUAAACUUUGAGAGCAUUAAACCAAGAAGUUUCAAUUCUGUAAAAUAUUCUUUUAUUCAUGUUUCUCAAAUGUAACUUGGUAUAUUUAUUUCACUUAUUUUUUGAAUAUCAAUUUUAAACUGCAUUUUUGUGUUAAAUACGGUACAGUUUCACAGUCUGUAAUCCUUGUUCUGCUUUGUGUAUUUAUACUAUAAAACUAAAGGUACAACAUAAGAUUAGAAAUUUGUCUUCAAAUUGUUUUGUCAUAUUUGUACUAGGUAUAUGUCAGUAUUAUGCACCAAUGUGACCUUCAUGCUGUUAAUCUCUGUGCAAAUAAUACUCACAUACAUUUACAAUUAUUUUGGUUACAGUAUAUUAUAUUUGCUGCCAUUUUGUGUGUCUAUUUCUUGGGGCCAACACCAUUUUGGUGUUCCUGAUAGUUAUGACUGCAUGUUGCUGGACAUACAGUUCACAUGCUGCCUAACAUCAUGGUGGUCUUCUUAUACUCUAAAAGAUUGCCACUUGCUCUUAAGGGCAUCAGAACUUUCUGUAAGUAAAGUUUCCUACAGAUUUUAGUGCUUGAGCAAAUCAAAUUAAUUUAGAAUCUUGUUUCUGACUUUUCUUUGAGUUUUGUGGUGUUCUGUGAACUUCUGUUGUCAAACUCUGUUCUUGGUGUUCUGACCUCUCUGUAAAACCUCUCUGUGAAAACUUAUAUGCAGCAUUCUAGACCGUCACUAUUUUGUUAUUAAUUUAAUAUUAAUUCAUCGGUAUGCUUAUAAUUUAAAAAAUGUGCAUUUCUUUUCCGUAUGAAGUUCUUUUGUACUUUGAAAUUUGAUGUAAAAACAUGUGAAAGCAUAAAACAGUUGUCAGUUUUCUUGAGAUUGUUAAUAUUCAUUUUAAAUUGGUAUCUGUAAUGACAUGUACCUUAUGUGAGUGUAUCUGUACAGUAUUUACAGUGAUAUGGGAUAUGGUGGCUUGUAAAACAUUUCAUUCAGCUCUAACCCUUCACUUAUUUAGAAUGCUUAAACAUCUUUCAGGUCAUCGUGUCAAUUCUUCAUUCUCCUGUCUUCAUUAUAUUGGUUGAAUGUAAUAAAUAUAUGAACAGUCUAGAGAUCCCAAAAAUACUGUUACAAUCACCCCGACCUCCCAGAGUAUAGCUAUAACUUUGUUCUUUUUGUAGGAUUGUCAGGGAAAGUAUUUUAUAUUGAAUAGAAAAAGUUAUACCACUUAUAAUGUCAUGUUUCUUAGAGUGUAUCCUGGCUAGCUUCCUGUCAGGAUAGUGGUUUCAUUGUUGAAAUUGUAUUUUUCUUGUAUCAUUUAAGGUUAGUUGGCUUUAAUGUGUGAAUUGUAUUUUUUUUUUUUGCUAAUGGUCUAUGGUCUUCCCAACAGAAGAAAUAGAGAAAGGGACCUGAGCUGUAGUGUGCACAGCUAGUGAUAUUUCAAGAAAUGUGAUAGGAGUGGAUUGUGUCAACACUCCUGCUACAAGUAAGCAGAUUUUUAUUAAUUUUACUAUUAUUGUCUCAUAUGGAGUGUAACUUAUUAACUACAAAGACAUGAAAGCAAGGUCUGAUAAUAGGGCAUACAUGUCACCCGCAAUAAAUUCUGAUCUUUUAAAGCUAUGAGGUGAUGCUAAAAAUAAAGUUGAUCCAAGAUGUUGAAACACUUGAGCAAAUUAAGUCCAUGAGUAUGAAAUAUUGUUAUGUUCUGUUUCUUACAGUUAGUUUCCAGCUUAAUAGCUAAAGUUUUACACGACGAAUAAGAAAUGAAUGUAUAAAUACAUUUAACUCACACAUUUUAUUUAGCCUGUCUGUUUUAAACAAUAUUCUUUUCACAAAAGUAGGACACACUGUGAUUUGGUAUUUACUCAGCUCACACUAACUGGUUUUAAUCUGUAAUACUUGACUGAAUAUGCUGGAGAUUCAUUUUAACAGCUCCUGUAAAAUUUCACCUUUCAUUGAUGUAUUCUUUAUGAUAUUGUGAAAAGGAACAUUCAAUACACUAAAAGUUACCACAGUCUUUAAAGUUGUUUUUUUAUGCACAAAUGUAUGACUGUGCUAUAUUUUUGUAAAAUUUUGAUGUUAUGUUUUGUUUAAUAAAGCUGCUAACUCAUAUGA